UCGAAAACAGUAUGUCUUCAUAGAUUUUGGAAGCCGUACCCAUAUAUGUGUGUGUGUAAAUGAAAUCGAAGUGAAGUUGCCAUAUGUAGUAAGAGCAGUAAUUGAGUCGAUUGUAAAGUGCUGUGGUCAGUCGCAUGGUGAAAUGAGGUGUCGAUGGUGGUGAUCCGAGAACUAAAUCUGGUGGAGUCGUGUUGUGUUAGGGUGUACUGUAGAUUGGCAGGGUAUUUUAGUUAUUUCAUUGGCGUUGGAAUUUAUAGAAUGUCACAUCAGACCGGAAUACGUGCCAACGAUGCUCUCAAAAAGUUCUUUGGGAAAUGCCGUGGCGGAAAUGUGCGUGUAUUUAAAGUGUCUAUUGUAAAUGAGGAACUUGCCUUGUCUUCAUUCAAGGAAGCUUCUGGUACAUGGGAAGAGGAUUAUGACAGUUUGGUAACACCACUGAUUGAGGAUGAACAGCCUUCUUAUAUCUUAUACAGACUAGAUUCCAAGAAUACAUCGGGGUAUGAAUGGUUGCUGAUCAGCUGGUCACCAGAUAACUCUGCUGUAAGACAGAAAAUGUUAUAUGCAUCAACAAAGGCAACACUGAAGCAGGAAUUUGGCAGUGGGCAGAUAAAAGAAGAGCUUCAUGCCACUACACCUGAUGAUGUUACUUUAAGUGGUUUUCGCCGGCAUAAACGGGCUGCUGGAGCUCCGGCGCCCCUUACUUCAGCAGAGGAAGAGCUUGCUGAGUUGCGGCGCACUGAAGUCGGUGUCGGAGUUAGUAUUGACUCCAGACAUCAGACUCUGUCUGGUGUGGCAUUUCCUUUAACUGGGAAUGCAUGGAAAGCAAUAGAAGCAUUGGCAGCUCAGAAGUAUAAUUAUGUUCAACUGAGAAUAGAUGUAAAUGAAGAGAAAAUCCAUCUAGCAGAUGCUGGAGAUAUCAGCACCGACAAAUUGUCGCAGAAGAUUCCAUCUGAUUGUGCUAGGUACCAUCUGUACAACUUUAAGCAUAUACAUGAAGGAGACUACAUAGAAGCUAUUGUAUUUAUCUACUCCAUGCCUGGCUAUUCGUGCUCGGUCAAAGAACGAAUGCUGUAUUCAAGCUGCAAGGCUCCUCUUCUAGAGUCCAUUGAAACACAAAUUGGCCUACCAAUAAUAAAGAAGUUGGAAAUUGACUGUGGUGAAGAGAUAACAGAAGCAUUUCUUCAAGAUGAAAUUCAUCCCAAGAAGAAUCUCCACCGUCCGAAAUUUGCGAAGCCUAAAGGACCACCAAACAGAGGAGCCAAGCGCCUCACAAGACCCCAAGAAAGUUCAGGAAAUGUGUAGUCAAUAAUGAAUGAAUGUUUUAACUUUAGUAAACAUUAAGAAAUAAAGGAGAUAAAAGAAAAUUGAAGUACAUUUGACGCCUAAGACAAACCGUCACAACUUAGUGUGAUUUGAGUUUUACAAAUUAUAUAAAUAAAACAAUUGCUCCAAACACAAAUUACAUAUAAAUUUAUUUUACUAUGAUAUUUGCAGUGUUGGACUUCCCAUCAAAUAGAACAGAAGCAACACUCGUCAGAGAAUAAAAUUAUUGUAUUUACCUGUGUAUAUGCUACCCUCACAUAUUGUUUCCAUCCAGAUUUCAUUAUAGAAAUAUAUUUCUGUUUAGCCUUCUGCAAAAGAUGUGGCACAUUUUUAUUAAGAUACAAAUUAAUUACUGCACUUCCACUGAAAAUGAACAAUAAGAAGUAUGAUUGGAAGUUAUCACGUUGAUAUGAGUAUGGACAGCAGUGCAAUCUUUUGACUGUAUAUCAGUGUUUCAGAGGUACUUAAUACCUCUAUCUUCAGGGCAGAAGUCAGUAGCAUUAGGAAGAGAAUGGUUUAUGAGUUUACAACGAGGUAUCUGGCCAUGUGGAUUGGCUGUCAGAGCCAUCUGAUGAGAAGGGAAGAUCAAGCUGUUUCAGGGAACCAGAGGGAAAGUAAGAAGACAAUUAAUUUUUGUUCUCGGAGAGAAUUUGAUCCCAUUGAAAAACUUACUAGGGGUUGUUGCCAGUGUAACAAGACAUUCUUAUUGUUUAUAUCUAUUUUCUACUUCCAUUUUUAUGAAAGUGUUCACUUCAUCACAUUUGUUAUAUUUAUCUCAUGUAAACACCUUGUAUUUGUUGUGAAAACUAACCGUGUAGGCCUAAAAUGUUCUGAAAUGGUUCAUUCUAAAAAUUGUAAGACAAAAUAUUAUACAAAACUUUAGAUAUUCUAUUCUAUUUCUGUUAAAAAAAAAAUUUGCAUCAUACUCAAUUUCUGCAACUGUUUAUGGCUGCAACAUUUAUAGUACAAAUAACAAGCCGUCUGUUGUCAUACUUACAGUAAGAUAUUUUGGACUGCAAAUUUGGAUUAUAAAGUGUAACAUAUACACAGGUAAAGACAUGGAGGAAUUUUAUAUAUAUAUAUAUAUAUAUAAAACUAAAUUUUUUGUUACUAGUUACUUCAAAAUUCUUGUAAUGGAAAAUAUAGUGUAUGAAAAUUAUAGUUGUCUUAAAACUUGUAAUGAUUAUGUGCUGUGAAGCUCCUUUAUUUCCAAGUACUAUUAUAAUCACACACUAGAAACAUCCAAAUGUGACUAUAAAAAUAAAAACUAGUCAAACUAGUUCUGUUAUGUAUGCUUGAGGAUGCUUGGAAAACUGUACAGUUGUAUUCUUAUAUAUAACAGAAAAACCCAACAGGCCUAAAUACUACUGAUCGCCCGCAAGAUGUCGGUUGCAGGGAAUGCUGUCACAUGGGGCAGUGCUAGUUCAGUAACGAGAACAAGGACGGAAGGAUGUGAGAACUUGAAAAUGCUACGCAAGCAAAGCAGCAUUUCUGUUUCAACUCAUCUGACAAGGAACUACUAUCGCUGCACACAGAAUUGAUUUUCCCUACUGUGUUUCUAAUUCACUCCGUAACUUCCGACAAAUUAGCAGUCAGCAGUAAACAUAAAUCUUGUGUCAUAACAAAAUCUGUUACUCCGUUGUACUAUAGCCACACUUGCCAGAAAUUACGAAAAGUUCUGUUAAUGUCAGUUUUACAAUUCCUUUUCUUCCAUUAUAAACAUUACAUGAAUGAAUUAUUAAAAUGGUUGUUGAGGGAUGACCUUUUAAAUAGAUUCAAUAAAUUAUCCAAAUAACCUUUACCUGUAAAGAAGGAAAAAAGUAGUUUUAAUUAUAAAUACAUGCACGUACUGCAGCACUUUCAUUCAAAAUCAUAUGAUAGCAGAUUUGUACGAAACCAUACAGAAUAUCAGACUUUAUUUUAGCCCAUAUUGUACACCGUAUUUUCUGACGUACAAAAUGCAAAAUGAUUCAAUAUUUACUCAUAAUGGUGGGGAACACAUAUCAGUAGAGCACAAGAAAAUAUUACUAAAUAUUAAUACUUACUUAAUAUUUCAGUAAAGUAUUAUUUUUUGCUCUGUUAUAGAUUUGCAUCAUCUCUUCUCACAGCACACUGAAAUAACAAAAUAAAUAAUGGUCCUUAUUUUGACUUUCCACAUUUUGUGAAUUUACUUACAUCACAAUCCUUAAGCAUAAAAUACACAGGGUACUUUCUGGAGGCAUUUGUUAAGUGAAAAAUGUGUCUUAUCCUAUCAAAUAAGGACUAUGCUUCACUUUAGCCCCUUUUAUGCAUUGUGGGAAAAUUAUAUGUAAGCAUAAUUUAUAUUUAAAAACUAGAUUCCAUGUAGUUAUACGCUGCAAAACUUUCUAAAGUGGCUUCUUUUUCAUUACAGCACAUAUUUAAAUUUAGUUUUCAGCACAAGAUGAACAAAAGUGUGUUUACAUAUUUGAAUAAACCCAUUUUAUGUGUAACGACUCUGUAGGUUACAGUUUUUUUUUAACAUCUUCUGUCCUUCCUUAUUGUGCUUGAAUAUUUUAUUUGUCUCAGUUGAGCUUAUCUGCGUGUGAGUAAAACUGACAGUGUAAAGUAAAUGAUACAAUAUUUGUCUGUUCCUAAAUGUUUCUCCCUUCACGAAUAUUUAAAUGUGAUGGAACAUAACUUCCUCCAUCACUCCAUCUCAGAGGAGUUCACUGUGGCUUUUAUUACAUUUUUCACAAACCAAUAAUCAAUUCCUAACCUAAAUUAUAUAAAAAAAUUGCACUUCAUAUAAUUUCUGCCAUAUUACCAUAUUUAGAUUAGCUAUAGUUCUACCAGCAGAUUAUUACAAAAAAUGAGAAGACUGCUUCUAAUUAGUGUGUGAUAUAUACUUAUAUUCACUGUAAAAUGUAUCUAGGAUUUUAGAUUACUUGUAUUUGUACAUGAAAUGUAAUUUUGGGGACAAAAUAUGGAAUUUAUACUGAUAUUUGUACUGUUGUCUUGUCAUUACUACUAGUAUACAUACAAAAGUGUUUUAUUAUAAUCUGGACUAUGUAAUGGCUUCCAAUUUUUAUCUGAAUGCAUCGGUAUUUCAAAGACAAUAUAGCUAUUGUUUAGACUUUAGUGUACUAUUACAAGUUUUGACAGUUGCAAGAAUCAGAACAAGAAGCAAUUCAAUUGUCAAAAUUACUGUUGGGAGGUGGGAUUAAUAUUGUGUAAUAUUUGUGCAGUUACAAAAUUUAAUGUAUCUGCCAGCUGUUUUAACAUAAAAGUAUGCAUGUGUGAUUUUAUGCAGCAAUUUUUAUGUGAAAUUUUAGGCCUAUGAAGUGUGAGUUUAAUAUGCUUGUGAAGUGUCUAUAAAUAAGUGAAUUAAUUGGAUAGGAAAGUACAAGAGAGAAUAUGAGUAAUAUAUAAAAACUUAUCUUGUUUUUCAAUUCAGACUGCAAUAUUUCUGCUUUCUGUUAAAUUUCAAACUAAAACUACCGAGUCUCCAUCACACAAUAAUAGCCUCAAUUUGACAGGGACCUCCAGUUACUGAACUGUUUUUAAAAUGAACCCCUCUAUGUAAUUAAUCUAAAGGAAAAUACCUAUUUCAGUUUAACACAGUGAAUUCUUUUCAUAUGAAGAAACAUUUUCUGAAGAUAAAGGACAGUGGUCAAGUUUUACAUAUUUUUUUAUUUCCAGUGACUAGAUGUCAUACGCAUAGCACAUGUCAAAAUACUAGAAUAGCAUGCUGGUUUGGAAAAAGCAAAAUUACAUUUAUCAAGACAGAUCAUAUGUAACGUAACUCUUACCCUUCAACUGUUGAAGAUACUUCAUUGUUAAUUUUAUAUGUGAACUGUACAUUUUAACUCGAGCGUCAAGUUCUGGAAACUUCAGUAAAGAUAUUAAUUUGUGACUUUUGUAGUUAGAAGAAUUUUUGUUUUAUAAGCAUAAGCAAUAGGGCAUAUAAUAUGGAUGCUGUUAGUAUUACGGCAAUGGUAAAUGCUUCCUUCAUUUGUUUUCCAGCUGUACAUUUGAGAUGUGACAAAGUUCCAGUAUUAAAGCAAUAAAACAUUUUAUUUAAAACUAA